AUGAUUUCAGGCUUCUUCGGGCUUAUUGCGCAACCUCGUGAGUGAGUCGAGACUAUUCUAUGCUGAUAUUAACCCCUCUAUCCGAACAUGCAGGGCCCCCAGAGUCAUACGACGGCAAUCGCGGUGGCUUUGGAUCCUGCGAAACCACAGAUCAGAAAUUUCGCAUCUUUCAAUUGGACUCCAAUUCUGCCCCGGUUCCCAUUGUCAGGAAACUCCACAGAAAUGGAGAAUGGGGAACCGAUCCUAUUGACCGCGUUGGAAUACCAAGACCCAAUCAGAAAACCGAGGCGAUCAUGCAUAUGCAACGCAGCGCCACUUAACGACUUCGGGAGAUCAAGCAGCCUCUUAUUCGCGAAACGUGGCAUACGGAGAGAAACCGCCCACAUAGUCUGGAGACGUUUGACAGGCGUUGUCAAGUGUUCGCAUGCUCUAGCAGGGCGCAGGGGAGUUGUUCUGCGUUCGUGCCUGGCCGGGCCGGACUGUAUGUUGCAGAUAUUAGUUGUUGCGGAUCAAUCUACUGCAGGUUUUGUGCCCAAUUUGUGAGAAGGGGAAAGGGAAAGUGGGUGAGAGUAUAGGUCGUGUUACUGGAUGUCAAGAUGGCAGAGAAGCUCUGAGCAAAGCAAAAAGAUCCACUGUGGGGAUAGUGGAGCAGGCACACCGUCUUGAGCCAGCAGAUGGUGUCCGGCUCUCGUGUCAACUGCAUCCAUACUUAAGGGACCAAACUGACUAUGUCCUGUUAGAAAAUAUAUUCGCUGUACACUGCAGAGCCGUUUCACUACUGUACGACAUCGUGGCAAUUGAUUUUUUCCCUGCUCUCCAUUCCAACGAGACUCAUGUCAUCUCAAACUCCCAUCCUUGAGGUUUCCCAUCUCCCCAGUGCUUCUUCAUUUUACGCUGCCAUAACGCAGCCAUUGGGUCUCCAAUACCUCUCUGCCUCUUCCCCUAGCGCGCCUAUUCCAUGUCUCCAUUACGGGACCAUAAGCAAAACUGAAUCCGGGUCCACCCGAAGAAAUAUUGUCUUCUCCAUUGCCCAGGCACCCUCCGCGUCACCGAUUCUUUCAAAUAUAUCUUUAAGCGCCCCUUCCGAAAAAGCUCUCACCGAUUUUCAUAAGAAAUCCGAAUUCUUAAAUAAGUCUUUCAAAUACCACACCAUUGACCGAAUAAAAACUGAAGGAGCCGAAUACCUCAUUGCUAAGAUUCAAGACUUUGACGGCAACAUGAUACAAGCAGCUUAUACCGACCAUGACGGCGCCUCUCAGGCCGGGUCACAACGAGGAGAACGAAAUGAUUCUAGAAGUGUGGUAGGCUGGCAGGAUAAUGUUGCGAGGAGUGUCGUCUCUGGAGCUUCUGCCUCAACCUUUGAUCCAGGACCGGGAACAUUUCGACGUUCAAAUACUUGUCCUGCUCCUUCACGCGUUAUGGAACGACACACCGUCACAACCGAGACUUAUAGAAGACAACAUCCUGAGCUGAGUCGAAGUGUCAGCCAGCCUGUCGUCGCUCCCGCCGAGUCGAAAGGCCUCAGUUCCAAAGUCAUUGGAACUCUCCUUGGUGCUGCUGCCGGUGCGGCCUUCGCUUACGCCAUGGUGAGAAGCGAGUCUCCAGAACCAGCACCUGCGCCUAUUCCUAUGGCAAUGUCCGCCAACCCAAGAAGAGCCUCUUACGAUCAACAGCCUCAGAGCCAUGGGUCAGAGGACUGGCAUCGGGAGCAUCAUGUCGUGGAACGCAUUCCCGCUCGCAGCGUCGUCUCUGAGCGGUCCUCUGCGAGCGCUAGGGAUGUGAGACCUAGAUACGUUGAGCAGUACAGCGAGGCUGGUACUGGGGUGCAAGACGACAGGUACAUGGACCAAGGCGACAGAUACAUGGAGCGAAUUGAUGAGGGGAGCUAUGUCUCCGGCUCUGGACGCUCCAGAGUCACGGCGGAGGCUUUACAGAUGCUUCCUGCUCCUAGUCGCGCUCCUAGCCAUGUCUCGACUUCCUCCCACCGAAGUGGGAGCAAACAUCACUCCUCCCGCGAAUCGGCCGUCUCGGAACGCUAUGCACCUAGUCAUCGAGAUGAUGCCUCGCAUGUUUCUGCCAGAAGUCAUAGAACGGAACGAACACUUGUUCCGGAAACGGCCCAAUCGGUGCAUUCGAAUUAUAUCACGGGUGCCCCCAGCAAGGCGGGUAGUAGCGCGGGCUCGACUGUCACUCUCAGGGUGUCGGGUAGUAGUAGAGUAGGGAGCAGAGCUGGUAGUCAAGCAGAUGUACCCAGAAGCGUUGUUGCUGAGUCCCGUUCUGGGGGCUCGCGUGUUAGUGGGUCGAGUCGGGUUGGUGGAUCCAGUCGAGCUGAUGAUGGUGGUAGUAGAGUUGGUGGAUCUAGUCGAGUUGAUGACGGCGGUAGCAGAGUUGAAGGAAGUCGAAGUGGUGGAAGCAGAGUUGGAGGCAGCAGUCGAGUUAGCGUGAGAGCUAGCCAGGUGGAAUUGCCAGAGAGCAAUGCUGAUGAGGAUAGUGAUGGGAUGGAAAAGUAUGCGGCUAGUGUUGCACCUAGUGAUAGUGUUAGUUGUGUUGGAACCAAGAGGGAGAGGAUUCAGUUUGUGCAGAGAAUGGGGAGGUUCAGUGGAUGAGUGGUAUAUCGACAGAUCUUUGUUGGUUCACAGGACGUUGUUGUUGUUGUAUUGGAAUUGGACUGGUUUUCUUUUUCUUUUUUUUGGAACUUGGGAUUUUUUAUUUUUUUUGCAUUGGUUAGUUGAAUAGGCGAUAGUUGUUGUUGGGUAAUGAAUUAUGAUGGUUUUGGGGUUUUUGCGUCUCCUCUCCUUUUCCUGGUUUUCUUUAGAAUGCCUUUCCUCUUUCAAUCACAUUAAACACGAAGAAUGGUAAGAGGAAACGUGAUACCAGGUUGAGCCAUUGCUGGGAACUACA